AUGUCGACAGGAUUUGGCCGAACAUUCUACCUGGGCACCUCGUCCAAUUGGUCCUUUGCUCGAAAGGUUCUAAGCAUGAUUCACGAGCAUCUCUACGACUCCCCUCUCCCGACAGACAGGCGUCAUUUCGACGAGACUGCCUACGAACUAGGCUGGGAUGGCUUGCGAACGUCCAUGUCAACUGAAGUUCCAAUGGUUCCCACCCUCGACUUCUCCAUGUACCUCCUCAACGCGGUCAAAUUCCAUGUUGGCCAACUAUUCCAUAUCUUCGACGAGCUGUCCUUUAUGGAGGGCCUCUACGCCUACCACGAGAAUCCUGUCCAUCGGACUUCCGCCGAUCCCCUGUGGUAUAUUCAAUAUCUACUAAUUCUGGCAUUUGGCAAGGCCUUUACAGUGCAAAGAGGCCCAAGUACUCGGCCCGCGGGAUGCGAGUUUUUUGUCAAGGCGCUGCAGCUACUACCGGAUUUGACCCAUCUCAACCAAUAUCCAAUGAUAUCAACUGAGAUCCUGUGCUGCGUAGCACUGUAUCUACAGUCUCUGGACUUUCGGUCGUCAGCCUACGGUUUUAUCGGCCAAGCCGUGCGACUUUCUCUGGCCUCCGGUAUGCACACAAACAUGCCAAUUGACCAUCUAGGCGGAGAAGCGCUUCAGCGACGACGCAGAAUCUGGUGGACGGUAUACAUCCUCGACCGCCAAAUGACUUCUCUGAUGGGUCUUCCACAGUCAAUCGAGGAUAACCAGAUCUAUCAUGAGCUCCCGCUGUUCCCUGAAUCACCACAUAAGGUCACCGCGCUGAGUAUAGAAAUUAAAAUGUGCCAGAUCAUUGCAGACGUCAACAGGACUGUAUAUGGAGUCGAUGGUCGUCUCAAUAGGAAGUUCCUCUCGAGUACCAAGACUGCUCUGGGGAAUACCGCCAACCUAGACACCAGAUUGCAAGAGUCCCAUCGUCUCGGGCUAGAUGAGUCUAGUCCAAAUGGGGUGUCUCGUCUGUCAGCACAUCUUCACCUCUUAUACCAUCAGUGCAUAGUACUAGCAACACGACCACUAUUAUUCUGCUUUUUGAAAAUGCGACUUCAAAGCUUGGACCCAAACGCAAAGCCUCUCACCUCCUCAGCUAUCGUUUGCAAACUGCUUCAGGUAUGCGUCGAGUCUGCUAAGCAAAUGCUGAACAUCCUUGUCAUUCUGCAAAAGCAAACUUUGCUUGAUAGCUUCCUCCCAUUCGACCUCGAAUCCACAUUCGUAUCCGCCCUAGUACUCUUGCUAGCGCCCUUUGUCGAUCCAUAUCUUUUAGACGACUCUCUGCCAUGGCUCCAAAAGGCAUACGAUGUCCUAGACGAAAUGAUAUACCGUGGAAAUCAAAUCGCCGCGUUUCGAAGAUCAGAUCUCGAGCAACUGCACGAUCUGCUGAGAGAGUCUUCAGGACAAUGUGGUCGCCGCGAGGAGAUGAUCUCUCACAUGUCAUUGCUUUAUAGUGAGGAGAGUCAGUUUGGGGAUGCUGCUGACUUGACGACUGCUGAUAUAAUGGCUGUAGCGGAGUCGAUUGAUUCUGUGGAUGUGGAUUGGAUGGCGCAUGCUGUUACGGAGAAUUGUAUUUGGUGA